AUGCGUCGCGCAGCCGUUCUAUCCGCUCUCCUUGCGGCCGCCACGGCCCAGCAAGUCGGUACCGAAACCGCCGAGACCCACCCCAAGAUGUCUUGGUCAAAGUGCUCUUCUGGAGGCAGCUGUACCAAGGUCAACGGCGAGCUGGUGCUCGAUGCCAACUGGCGAUGGCUUCAUGAGGUCGAUGGAUACGAGAAUUGCUAUGACGGCAACAUCUGGACCGACAAGUGCAGCAGCCCCGAGGAGUGUGGUACUAAGUGCGCUGUGGAUGGUGCUGAUUAUACCGGAACUUAUGGUGCUUCUGCGAGCGGUGAUGCCCUUACCCUCAAGUUCGUCACUAAGCACGAGUAUGGUGCCAAUGUUGGCUCGCGUCUCUAUCUCAUGGAGAACACCGACAGGUAUCAGAUGUUCACUCUCCUCGGCAACGAGUUCACCUUCGAUGUCGACAUGUCUAAGCUCGGAUGUGGUCUAAACGGCGCCCUUUACUUUGUCUCUAUGGACGCCGAUGGUGGCAAGGCCAAGUACUCCAGCAACAAGGCAGGUGCAAAGUACGGAACCGGUUACUGUGACGCCCAAUGCCCCCGCGACCUCAAGUUCAUCAACGGCAAGGGCAACAUCAACGGCUGGAACCCCUCCGACAACGACCAGAACGCAGGCGUCGGUGAGAUGGGAUCAUGCUGUUCCGAGAUGGACAUCUGGGAGGCCAACUCCAUCUCCACAGCCUACACGCCGCACCCGUGCACGACCGUCGGCCAGCACAUGUGUACCGGCGAUUCCUGCGGCGGAACGUAUUCCGACGACCGCUACGGUGGUACCUGCGAUCCUGAUGGUUGCGAUUUCAACUCUUACCGUCAAGGUGAUCGCGAAUUCUACGGCCCCGGCAUGACCGUCGAUACGAACAAGGUCUUCACGGUCGUGACACAGUUCAUCGAGGAGGGCGGCCAGCUCUCGGCCAUUCGCCGGUUCUACGUUCAGGACGGCAAGGUCAUUCCCAACAGCGAAUCCCUCAUCGAAGGGAAUCCCGGAAACGAGAUCAACGAGGAGUUCUGCAAGUCGCAAAAGGUGGCCUUUGGUGAUGAGGACAUUUUCAACCAGAAGGGCGGUCUUGGGCAGUUCACGGAGGCUGUCGCCGGAGAGAUGGUCCUCGUCAUGUCGCUCUGGGAUGACCACUACGCCAAUAUGUUGUGGCUCGACUCUACCUUCCCGACCGAUGCUUCUCCUGAUAGCCCUGGUAAGGGCCGUGGUUCUUGCCCUACUAGCUCGGGUGUUCCUGAGGAGGUUGAGGAGGCCCAGGGUAAUGACCAGGUUAUCUUCUCAAACAUCAAGUUCGGUCCCAUCGGCUCGACUUUCGACCAGCCAUAG